UAAGCGCUUGCUGCUGCUGUGCUGCUGGCAAGCCAAACACAUAUAACAAUAUACUUACACCCGCAAGUGCGAGAGACGGCGAGCAAGAAAGAGGGGUCUGUCUCUAGUCUACUGGGCCAGGUCGUCAACUAUAUAUCUAUACAUAUAUACAUAUCAGCUGGUAUCACAUAUUACCCUCAUCUGUGCUAUGGCCGUAUUCUUGCUGAAUGUCUGCAAGUUCAACUCGUGCGGGCUCAAGUUCCAGAGUUUGGGACAUCUCAUACAACAUAUCGAGGAGACGCAUAUUGACUAUGACCCACACGUGGUGGAACGAACGGAGCAGCAGCAGCCGGCGUGUAUACCGCUGAGCUACGUGCUGCGCUUCCUCACGGACAGAGAAAUCAAUAGUAACAAACAACAGCAGCAACAACAACAACAGCAAAUCGCUACGACCAACGCCCAGCAACAGCAGCAGCUGUCGAGGCCGGCUAGUCAGUCGUCAAUCGCGUCGUCGACGACGAGUACGACGACGAACAACAGCAGUGGUGGCCAGCGUAUUUGCAAGAGUCUCACGCCGACAGGAAGUGAGGCUGAGGAGGGCGAGGAUUUUCUUAGCGAACCCGAGGACAGCAACGACUCCUGUACUACGCUUGAGGAGUUUUCCCAGGACUUCAUAUUGCGAUAUGGAAGCAGGAAUACUAGUCAUAAUACAGCAAACCAAAGCAAUAAGGGCGAGAAACGUUUUGUUUGCCCGGUACCAGGCUGCGACAAGAGUUACAAAAACAUGAACGGGAUCAAGUACCAUUCGAAAAAUGGUCACAAGAACGAUGGCAAGGUAAAAAAGGCGUACAAGUGUCCUUGCGGCAAAAGCUACAAAAAAAUUUACGGCCUCAACAAGCACACGAAUUUGAGGCACAAUCACGGCGUCGCCUACAAGCAUUCCCAGACGAUUAAACAGAAGCCGAAAAAUCGUUUGGAAGACAAACACUUACAGAAAUACCAACAUUCGAGGCCGAUUUUGCCCAAAAUCCCAAAGAUUAAAGUGCCCGCUAUUCAGGACCAUGGCUACAUGAAGCAGGAACAUUACUCCGGCGAGGCAGAUAGCGAGUACGAAAUAAGCAGCCUGGGCAUCCUGACACCUGCGGCGUCACCCCCGCUGCCCAGUCCAACUCAGCCCCAGAUUUAUAGUAACAAGCAUCAUCAUCACUUUGCUGGUUCCAUGAAUUCUAGUCAAACGCACAGGCCGUGCGACAACUAGUCAGCUUUUUCUUUAUCAUCUUUCUCUGAUCCUUCAUGAUGAGACUCUGAAAGAGUUACAAGAUUCGAGUCAGUUGAUAAACACAAACACUAUAACUCUCACCCAUAGUUUUUUCUCUAAAGUGCAUUUUUAGUGUUAAAUGCAGAUAUAUCAGGGGAUAAAGUUCUGCAUUUGCCAAAAAUGCAGAAAUUCGACUGGAAGGCUCGAUGACAGUCACAGCAUACUGCACUGCUUGCUGGAAAGGCGCAAAAGUUGAACAUUGUUCUGCAGUCUGUAGACUUACUUGAGUCUUAUUCUUGGCUAAGUACCUUUAAUCACAAACCAUUAGCCAUUAUAUUAUAUUGGCUCGUUGUUAAUUGUUAUUAUAGUUCAUGAGAUUUGAAAAUAAAAUUGUAGAAAAAAAAUUUUAUUACAAAU